UUAAGUCAAACCGAAAAGGUUCAUGUGCUGAUGACAACGCGAUUUCAUUUCCACUUGUCACUUAGCCACGGCAUCGUCACUUUAUUUAACGGCACCAAAAUUAUAACCAAAUAAGUCAUUUCAAAACGUUAAUAAUAACAAAAUUUUUCAGUUAAUUGGUGAAGUGAUUAACAAUUAAGUCAAACGUUUGUUUACAUUUUUGAAUUAACUGUAAGCUUAAUAAUUGUUGUUAUUAUGUGAUCAAGUGUGUUAACUGAAAUAAUGUUAAUAGUGUUAAUAUUUAAUAAUAGUAAUUUGUUACCUGUUACAAAAUGUCGACAAAAACAAUAAACAAUGAGCAUAUUAAACGGCCGAUGAAUGCGUUUAUGGUAUGGUCACGAGGACAAAGACGUAAAAUGGCACAAGAAAAUCCUAAAAUGCAUAAUUCGGAAAUAUCUAAGCGAUUAGGGGCUGAAUGGAAACAACUUAGUGAAUCCGACAAAAGGCCGUUUAUUGAUGAGGCUAAAAGAUUGAGAACUCUGCAUAUGAAAGAACACCCAGACUACAAAUACCGGCCGCGAAGAAAACCAAAAUCAUUAAUGAAGAAAGAAAACAAAUUCGGAUUUACUCUAUCGCCAUUGAUAUCGUCCAGUGACAUCAACGGAUUAUCCCGAGGACUAUUGCCACCAUUAUCAGCAACCCUACCAUCAGCUCACCAUCAGCAUCACCAGCAUCACCAUCAUUCUCUUUUGAAUCACGAUGAUUUAAAAAUACCGCGUUUUUUUCCUUCAUUUCCUUACUCUCUGUAUCCAAUCCAGCCGACGAAAUUGAGUGACAGUAUCAAUAAUAGCAAUAAGUUAGCUGCCGAUUUAACUUUUCAAGCAAUUUAUCACAGCGGUACAUUAUACGCAAGUCAUCAUGCUGUAAGUACAUGGCCAACGAAUUUAUCAGCGUCUCCAACAACACCAACACCAACAACAUGUUUGCAAGCAAAUUGUAAUUGUUCGUCACCCCAAUCACCAAAUCCUGAUAAUCAAAUAAUAAAUAAAGACAGCAAACGUAUUUACUUACCGUCAUUUAUUAACAAUAAUAGUGAUAAUAAUAAAAAUAAUGAUGAUUCAAUAGAUCUAAUAAAUAGUCCAUUGAAACUCGAUGAUGAUAUUAAUGGUGAUAAUAAUUUAAACGAUGGAUUUAUCAAAACUGAUGAUAAAAUAAAAGAUUGUAAUGAAGCUACAGGAUUAAUAAAUGAUAAUAAAAAUGAAUUUAUUGAACGUUUCGACAAUAAAGUAUUUUCCAGUAGUAGCAGCAGUAGUACGAGUAGUUUAAAUAAUACUCAAGAUAGCAAUAAUUUAUUUUCAGUUAAAAAUUUAACGUCUAAUUCAACAACAAUUCAACGUAAUCAUGUUAUUUGA